AUGGCUAACAUUGUCCUCAGAAAUCUGCAUUCUUUAGUAACAAAACGCCUUCUUGCAACAUUACCAACGCCUACAUCUGCAUUAUGUUCAUCUUUUACAGUUGAGUACCUGGUGCAGUCAUGCCGGCUUCCUUUAGAAUCUGCAAUCUCAACCUCCAAGAAGCUCCAGAUUGAUAAGAAGCAAACCCAUCGGAUAGAUUCUGUGCUCAAAUUCUUGAAAUCCAACGGAUUUGAUGAUGCCCAAAUCGCCAAAUUGAUCACCAAGCGCCCCACAAUCCUCCAUUACAAGGUACUCAACAAUCUGGAGCCCAAAUUCAACUUUCUCAUUGAAAAUGGCUUUGUGGGUCAGAAUCUGCCAGAGCUCGUUUUAUUGAAUCCAGUCGUUUUGAGUCGGAGUUUGGAUUCUCACAUAAAACCAGCAGUUCAAUUUCUCAAGAAAUUGCUUUCAACCAAUGAUAUGUUGGCGACGGCCAAGCGCUCUUCAAGGCUGUUAAACAUUGAUAGUGAGGGUACAAUUCAACCCAAUGUGGCCCUUUUGCAGAGUGAAGGUGUUCCCCUUGAUGUUUUAACAAAACUGAUAGUGUUUCAGCCAAGGACCAUUAUGCAAAAUGUUGACAGAAUGGCUUAUGUAGUUAGAACAAUAAAAGAUUUGGGCAUUGACCCAACUGAUCCGAUGUUUGUCCGGGCUCUUCGAGUUAUGAUCUCUAUGAAAGAGUCAACAUGGAAAAGGAAAAUUGAAUUUUUUAAGAGUUACGGGUGGUCUGAAGAUGUUGUUCUGUCAGUUUUUAAGCGCCAACCAUUUUGUUUAGCUUGUUCGGAGGAGAAACUUGGGAGAGUCAUGGAUUUCUUUCUGAACACUGUGAAGUUGGAACCGGAGACUAUGAUUGCCAAUCCCAUGCUUCUUAUGCAUGGUUUUGAGAAAACAGUUCUACCAAGGUAUAAUGUUUUCAAGAUUUUGGUUUCUAAGGAGCUGAUUAAUAGGGACAAGAAGAGGCUGUCUUGGUUGAUCACACAAGGUGAGAGGAGAUUUUUGGAUAGUUAUGUUCUUAAGUAUUUGAAUGAAGUCCCAGACCUACUGGAGAUAUACCAUAGUUCUAAGGAAGAGACAAUAGAGAUUCCUUAG